AUAGUGAGGUAGAGGGAGAAAAUAGAGAGAGAAAUUAAUUUUUAGAGAGAGAAAGUUUUUUCUAGAGAGAGAUAGAGCGGGGGAGUGAAAAAGGAAGGAGAUCUGAUCGAAUCGUGAGAGAGAAAGGAAAACAAGCACGAAACCCUAACCCUACUGCUUCUUCCAAUCGCAAAUCGUCUUUCUUUCUAUAUAUGUUCGUGUAUAUAGAGACUUAUGUGCGUAGAUAGUUCUCUGUGCGUGUGUGUAUAUAUUUGGAUUAGAGUAGAUCGAUAAAGGUUGGAACUUGCUGUUGGAUAGUUGUUUGUGUUUCGUGUUUUGCCCUAAUUGAAUUCUGAUUCUAGGGCAAAAUUAGGGUUUUGUGGCUGGUUAUACUGGGAGGUGGAAAACCCUAGUUUUGGGCCGAUCUGUUAUUUCCUUCGUGUGGAGAAAAAGAAAUUAGGGUUUUGGCGUUACAUGUAUGGCUUCGGGCACUAUUGUUGGAGAUGGAGGUGGAAAUGAUGGAGCUAGAGAGAAGCAAAGGUUUACAGAGAGUAAAGUUUAUACGAGAAAAGCUUUUAAAGGGCCUAAGAACAACAUCAAGAACCUCACCACCACCACUUCCACCACUGCCACUGCCACUGCCACCGCCACCGCCACUAACAACAACACGACAAACGCUACAAGCACCACAGUGACCGCCACCGAACCUGAAACCACAGCUGCAACCAACAACAAUAAGAGCAGCAACAGCGAAAAUAACAACGACAGGAACCAUGUGAAUGACUCCAUUCAAGUGCCGGAAUCGCAAAAACCAGCUUUAGAAGACACAAAUUUGCCCCACCAACAGCCCACUUCACUCCUUGAUGCCAACUCCGAUGAUUCGUCUAUCCUCAAUAGGCCGCAAGGUAUGCCAGUUGUGGCCCCAAGUGGCCCGGACUUGACUGCUGGCAAUGGAGUGGUGAAGCAAGGUUUUGACAAUAAGGUAAAGAUAAAUUUGACGUCCAAAUCUAAGCAGGAGAUGAGAGAGCUCAGGAGGAAGCUGGAGAGUGAACUUGAUAUGGUAAGGAGUUUGGUGAGAAGGAUUGAGGCCAAGGAAGUGCAGCUUGGUGUUGGUGGUUAUGGUAAUUCACGGGUGUCUCUAAAUGAGGUCGGCAAUGGGUUGAAGAGGGUUAAUUCGGAGGUGGGCUCAGUGGGUGCUCCUCGUGAUAUUACUACUCCUAUUCUCACUCCUACUCCUAGGCAGUCUAGGCCAUUGAAUCAGCUUAGCAUAUCAGUCCUGGAGAAUAGUCAGGGUCCAGGUGAGACCGUGGAGAAAGAGAAAAGGACACCAAAGGCAAAUCAGUUUUACAGGAAUUCAGAGUUUUUGCUUGCAAAAGACAAGUUUCCACCAGCGGAUAGUAACAAGAAGUCGAAAUCUAAUGGGAAGAAGCAAGGGGGAGGGGACCUGGGAUUUGGGUUUGGGACCGGUUCUAAGGUUUUCAAAAAUUGUAGUGCUUUGCUUGAGAAAUUGAUGAAACACAGGCAUGGUUGGGUGUUUAAUACUCCAGUUGAUGUAAAGACUCUUGGCUUGCAUGAUUACUUUACUAUUAUUAAGCAUCCUAUGGACUUGGGAACAGUGAAAACAAGGCUGAACAAGAAUUGGUACAAGUCUCCUGAAGAAUUUGCUGAGGAUGUGAGACUAACAUUUCAUAAUGCUUUGACUUAUAAUCCAAAGGGGCAAGAUGUUCACAUAAUGGCAGAGGUGCUACUGAAGAUGUUUGAGGACAGGUGGGCCGUUAUAAAGUCAGAUUAUGAACGUGAGUUGAGGUUUGCCGCCAGUUAUGAGCUGGGUAUUCCUACACCAACAUCAAGGAAGACGCAUCAGCUGCCACCCCCUCCUCUUUAUAUGCGGAGGGUUUUGGAUAGAUCAGAAUCAAUGAAUUAUCCUCCUGGUGAUCCUAGACCAAAACCUAUUAGUACAACUCCUUCAGGAAGAACCCCUGCUCCAAAAAAGCCCAAGGCAAAGGACCCACACAAGAGGGACAUGACAUACGAGGAGAAGCAGAAACUUAGCACAAACCUCCAGAGCCUACCAUCAGAGAAGCUGGAUAAUAUAGUCCAAAUAAUAAAGAAGAGGAAUUCAUCACUUUGCCAACAUGAUGAUGAAAUUGAAGUGGACAUUGAUAGUGUUGAUACGGAGACUCUCUGGGAACUGGAUAGGUUUGUUACCAACUACAAGAAGAGUUUAAGCAAGAACAAGAGAAAAGCUGAACUUGCCAUUCAAGCUAGAGCAGAUGCUGAGCACAAUGUCCAGGAGAAGAUAACAGCACCUGUAGCGGCGGAAGCACCACUGGAAACUAGAACAGCAGAUGAAAGGAACGUUUCCACUUCGUCACCUGCUCAAGUAGAUAAACAUGGUGAUAAUGGAGCUAGGUCGAGUAGUUCUAGCAGCUCGAGCAGUGAUUCUGGAUCUUCCUCAAGUGACUCUGAUACUGACAGCUCAUCAGCAUCUGGAUCUGAUGUAGGGCAUUAACAGAGUUGUCGAGUAGUUAUGUGCAGGCGCCUUAUACUUGCUUGGGGAUGAGUGUGUAAUAACUGAUAUGGAGAAGAGAGCAUAAAUUGGCAUGCUUUAGUUGGGGAUGAGUGUGUAAUGAUAACCGAGAUGGAGAAGAGAAGAGAGCAUAAAUUGGCAUCUGUGUUCUUGUGAAGUUUUGGAGUAAAUGCUUCUUUGUAAAUUGCUACUUCCCUUGUACCUUGUAAAUUAGUUGGUGUUUAAUUUUAAAAGAUAGUUGGAUUCUAAUUUGGCCAAUUUUACUUGUCGCUUCACUUAUUCCUGAAUUUCAGAGUGAUCUCUAAAUUUUAUUUUAUAUAAGCAAAAACCUUUAAUUUAAUUUUGUUUCAAUAUCGACACAAAUGCUAAAUUUUCAUGCAGAUUUUGGUUGCUGUAGUUAUUGAACAUUAUUUUUGGUAAUUAGCGGCAGAUCUCAUUCUUUCAUAUGUUUCCUUUGCCUCGUCAAAAGAGCAAGGGAUCACAUUUUCAAAUGACCUGUUUAAAUUCUAUGUUAUAUCUAUGAUAAAUAAUAGACUGGAUCUCUGAUCAUGCCUAUUUCCAUUUUGUGUAGAGUUUCACCCUUACUAGUUUCUGCCUUUUUUGCAUCUACAUGGUGACUAUUGUAUUAACUGUGUUUCUGAUCUGAAAUUUCCACACUAAAAGCAAUUUUCCUAAUUAGACUAU